UGCAGUUGAAGACAGUCGAGCAGGCACGACCUUGUAGGACAGUCAGAGGAAGGAGUCCGAGCUUGUGAGUUCGAGUCCGAAGGUCUGAGACGAUAAGAAGGAUGGAAUGAACAUAUUGCUUUAAAGGCCGGGGACAUUUAGACAAUCUCUGCUAACACGAUCUGCAUUCGCUGACAGCCAGCGAAUUGGGCUAGAUGUGGCCAGUUUGGAGCUGCUGUCAACGCUAAACAAUUCCGGCCGAAAGUGGGCGAGAGGAAGAGGAGAUAAUGGGAAUUAUGCUACAUGUCGGCUGAAAGGUCUACGAAUGAUCCGGGAUGUCAUACUUCGAAGUUGUGGAAGAAAAUAGCAAAAGACGAAUCGGGAAAGUGUUGGCCUCACCUGAAAGGACCGAAAACACAAGACUAAGAUCAUUGCAUCCUUUCAGCGCUCCAUGGGGCUUCCCAUCCGGUUGGCGUGUUACUUGGCCCCCCGUUCUCCGUUUCAGAAUGCAAAUCGAGCGACGUAGUAUUCUAUUCGGUAAAGAGAAACGUAAUCAAAAGAUAGUGGUUUUGAAAUGAUCAGAACAGAGUGGGAAGUGAAAGGAUUUCACACGCAGAUUUCCAUAUGUUUGCCUUCAACUUUGCGGCGAAGAUGUAAGGAAGCUUCAAAACGGCAUAUUCCUUCACAUAUCUGUCGAGCUAAGGAGGGAAAACGACUUUGAGGAGAAAUGGGAGAGCAAAUCGGAGUUUGCGGAAUUUGGUGUGGUUUAGGCUCCAGGAGACUAUCACAAACGGUGGCGUAAGCUAGGUGCAUGAGACCGCUCUGGUUUCAACAUCGUCUCUCUUGAUGGGAUCGUCCAUGUUCCCAUUUCCAUGCCCCUUCCCUGGCGAAGACGACGAGAACCGAUCUGUGAGCAAAGAUGUUGGCAUUCAAAUCCUCGUGCGGACCGUACCGUGAAAGAAGCCCGAGAGGAGGAAGAAACCACUUUCAAAAUACAUGCGCGCUAAAAUAGCAAGAGGCGUUGGAAGCUCAUGUGCCAAGGCUUCAUGGGCUAGCCAUUUGCGGGCCAUAAUUAGAUGCGUAGCCACCAACACAGCAACCCCAUGGCAUCCAGGCUAAAGCAUGACAGAGCCUAUGCAAUUUGCAGGAAAUGAGCCAGGGCCGACGGGAGGAAUCACGUGAAAUGUAGGUCGUUCCGAUAAGGGCACCAUCAAACUCAACUCAUUUUUCCAAAGAUAUAUUAUUCCUGCUUUGAUUUGAAGCCCCCGGACUUCUUUUGCAGGCUAGAGAACUGACCCCCUCCGCGGGAAAACAUUUAAUACCCUCAAAUUGCUUUCUUUCUCUUUUGGAUCAUAUUGUGUUGACAUGAUGUGAUUCUCAGUCCGACAGAGCUCUUAGUCAGCUCUCGAGAUCACUGGCACUUGCAAAUCUGCAGAACAAGGCAGCGGGAAGAUGUGGAUUGGCUUUUACUUGUCCACCAUGUGACUACGGCUAUAUGACUCCAGUUUGACCAGAUUUGAAGAGACGAAGAUUCUCUUGUCUCGACCAUUUUAGACAGGGAUGAAUAGCAAGAGCCGAUGGAAACCGGCGGGAAAGAAGAUGGAGACGGAACUUGCUCAACGGUACUCGCCAAUGGCUCGAAUCUUGCAAAUAAAGAUGGCUGCUGGUGGCAAGCCUUUGAGAAGAUUCGCAAGAGUUUAGCAAACAAUACGAGCUCACGAAAUAAAAGAAUAGUUGUACAGCCGUCAAUUCCUAUCUUGACACACGUGACGAGCGCGAUGUCUAUUACUGCGGGCGUGUGCUCGCGUGCUCACCAUGGCAACCUGGAAACAAACAACUCACGACAUGCCAUCCACACCUUGUUGGCAGCCCAUACCUCGGUCCCCACUUUCAUGCUUUCAAACUUCGGGUAUGGUAUAAAAAGCCGUCACAAUCGUCGGUCGUCCGUCGUCGUGAAAACGUACAUAUUCGGACCUUGCGUGUCAUCGUGGAACAACUUUUCGCUUUCAAACUAGCAAACGAAAUCAGACGCACGACGAAAGAUAAGAAUGGUGACAAGUUCGAACCAAAGUGAUGCGAGAAUUCUUCGGAAAUACUUCAGCAUGAGCGCCAUAGAUCCAACCUCUUGAAUUAGAUUUGCAGCAAAUGGGCGAGAGUCAAGGAUUAUAGACGUUGCUUGAAGUACUCGUCAAACGGAU